CGUCGUCGUCGUGAACAGCACAGCCGCGGCCCCGCGUCGCCUCCCUCUGCGCGCCGCCACGCACCAGCCCAGCCAUGGCGUUCGCCGCAAGGAGGAGCAUCGCCACCCGGCUCUCUCACCACCUCACCCGCCGCGUCCAUCCCUGCGUCCCGCACGCGCUUACCUCCCACUCCCACGACGAGCAAGCGAGCCCCUCGCCGCCGCUCCCACCACUUCACGCCCCGCUCCAGCAACGUUCUCGAGCGGCCCAAACCCUAGGCUUCCUCCCUUUCUCGCUCCACCUCGCGGGAUCAACCCGCCGCAGCUUCUCGUCCUCGUCCUCAGCCCCCGCCCCCAACCUCGAGGACGCACCAGCCGCCGAGGUCGAUGCCGCGGGCGUCCUUGCAGAUGCAGCGGAGGCGGCGGCGUCAGUGCCGGCGCCGUUCCCGGGAGAGGUAGCCGCCGCGGCUGCCGACUCGUUCCCCCCGGUUGCCGCACUUCAGCACAUUAUCGACGCCAUCCAUACCUUUACCGGGCUCAACUGGUGGGCGUGCAUCGCACUGACAACGCUUAUUAUCCGGAGCGCCACGAUCCCGUUGCUUGUGAACCAGUUGAAGGCCACGACGAAGCUAAGAGCAAUAAAUCCAGAGAUGGAAGCCAUUAAAGACCAGAUGAAUAGUAUGGAUCCAAAAUCAGCGCAGGAGGGACAAGCUAAAAUGAAAGCGCUGUUCAAAAAACAUGGUGUUAGUCCUUUUACUCCAAUGAAAGGACUCCUGAUCCAAGGGCCAAUGUUCAUGAGCUUUUACUUUGCCAUAUCAAACAUGGUUGAGAAAGUACCUUCAUUCAAAGGAGGUGGAGCAUUGUGGUUUACUGACCUGACGACUCCAGAUUCUCUUUACGUGUUGCCUGUGUUAACAGGACUGACCUUCUUGGUCACAGUGGAGCUUAAUUUGCAAGAAGGAAUGGAGGGAAAUCCUAUGGCCGGUAAAAUGAAGACAUUUUCUAGAGGAAUGGCAGUUUUGACAGUCCCAUUUACAAUGAAUUUUGCUAAGGCAAUUUUCUGUUACUGGAUCACAUCAAACAUAUUCACCCUGUUAUAUGGUAUUGUUAUCCGGCGGCCAGCUGUGAGGAAGUGGUUUAAUCUUCCUGCUUUGGAAGCUCAGCCUUCGCUCACGGCAAAGCCAAUCUUCAAUAUGUUUGGUGGAUCUAAGGCAAUACCAGCCGCAGAGUCACCGGUAGCAAUCGCAGGAGCCCAGCAAUCUGGUCUGGGCCAACCUGAUGCUGCUGCUCUUGGCUAUAAGGUAAAAAAUCUUGAAAAGAAAGUGAAAUCCAGGGGUAAAUCUCGGAAACAGAGGUAAAUUUUGGGCAUCUAUGCCCCAAAUGAGCAAGCUGUACUUUGACCAUUGGAAUGAUGGAUAUUUGAUUUGUCCUGAUAUGGUCCCAAAAGUCAGGUUUCGCAUUAGGAAGCUAUCUUUAUAGUUUUCGGCUGCUGUUGAUUUCAUUUUUUGGGGUGAAAUAAGCAACAUAAAUUUUGACUUAGUUUCAUAGUUGAUUAUACACAAAUGUAUUCCAGAUACUUGUAUGAUAGUUAAAACAUUGGGCAUUGGGGUUCAUCUCCCAAGGAUUGGUAUGAAAGAUAUGUUGAAGUUCAGGGACAGUCAGCCCCCAACAACUUUUGAGGCGCCAUUUGACAUUUUGUAGCAAUUGGCUAGGAGGUUAAAAUGAUAUUUCAUUGUAUUCACAUGCUUCCAGCAGCAGAUGCAAAAUGCAGUAUGGUUUUAGAUACUUUGAUCAUCAGAGUACCUGCGUCUUGUGCUUGCAUGUGUGCACAUGAUUCUGCAUAUAAUGGCCGAGUCAGGAUGUAAAAGUGAGCUGUGCAGAAUUUGUGGCCUGAAUAAAUGUUGAGUUUGUAUGUACUAAACUACCCUAAAAUAUCAUUUACUUGAAUUCUUGAGCGA